AUGGUCAAGGCUAAAAUAAAGUCCCAUAAAAAGGAUGAGCAGAUUCUGAAAACGGGUGGUAUUCGGUUUUCAAAGGAUAAGGGCCAACAUAUCCUGAAAAAUCCACUCAUAAUCAACACAAUGAUCGAAAAAGCCGGAGUGAAAAACACGGAUAGUGUUUUGGAAAUCGGUGCUGGCACAGGAAAUUUGACGGUGAAACUGUUGGAGAAAGCGAAAAAAGUGUUCGCCUUUGAGAUCGAUCCAAGAAUGAUCGGUGAACUACAGAAGCGUGUCCAGUCCACUUCUAAUCGUUCAAAACUGGAAAUUCUUGUGGGUGACGCCAUCAAAGCCUCAAAUUGGCCCAAAUUUGAUCUCUGUGUGGCCAACCUACCUUAUCAGAUUUCUUCACCAUUCAUCCAACGAUUGAUCCAACUGGGCAAAGGAUAUCGCGCCGCAGUCGUGAUGGUUCAGAAGGAAUUUGCUGACCGCUUGGUUGCUCAGCCUGGUGACAAAGUUUACUGUCGUCUAUCCGCUGCUGUCCAGUUUCAUUGCAAAGUUGCUUUACUAAUGAAAAUAAGCAAGAACAGUUUCCGGCCUCCACCCAAAGUGGAUUCAGCGGUCGUCCGUAUAGAACCACGACAUCCUCUCCCUCCAGUCACAUACUCCGAAUGGGAUGGACUGUUACGACUCUUGUUUGCCCGUAAAAACAAAACCGUGGCCGCAAAUUUCUCCGGUAAAUCAGUGGCCAGUCUUUUGCGCAAAUAUUACCUGGAUCAUUGUCGUGCCCAAAAUCAAACACCCAGUCCAACGAACAUAGAGAAUGAUUCGAGCGGGGUCAAUGCAAUGGAAGAAAAAAUACAGUCCAUUUUACAUUCUUCCGAAUUUGAUAAAAAGAGAGCACGAACAAUGGACGAGGAUGAUAUGUUGCGCUUACUUCUUGCUUUUCGACGCGAGGGUAUUCGUUUCGGAUAA